UAAGCAUUUUGUUUUUGUUUUUAUUCUGUUGUUUUUUUUUAAAGUAUAAUUUAUUCGAUAAAAAUAAUCGCAAAAUAAUAAUACAUCACAUGUAACUAGCAAUAUCAAAAAUAGCUGAUUUUCUAUCAUUUUCAAAUUAACAAGUUCAAUAAACUUAAUUAUUUCACAAUCAAAUUCUAAACAAAAAUGGUAAAAGUAUGGAGGUUAGGAUUGAUGAGUUAUGAUUCCGCUUUUAAAAUUCAGAAUUGUAUUGCAAGGAAACACUUAGAUUCCAUGGUGAAAGGAGUAAAUGCAGACUUCGAUACAAUACUUCUUGUAGAACAUAAACCAGUGUACACAGUUGGUAUUAGAGAUGAAACUCCUAAAGAUGAAAUAGAAAGGCUUAGAAGUUUAGGUGCUGAAUUUAAACAAACCAACCGUGGAGGUCUUAUUACAUUUCAUGGUCCUGGACAGUUAGUUGCAUACCCUGUUAUAAAUCUAAAGCAUUACAAAACCAGUGUAAAGUGGUAUGUGAACAGUUUGGAACAAACCAUCAUUAACUUGUGUGAAGAAUUAGGUUUGAAGGCAUCUAGAUCACCACAUACAGGUGUAUGGGUGGAAGACAAUAAAAUAGCUGCGAUUGGAAUUCAUGCCUCUCGGUAUGUGACAACACAUGGUAUCUCCCUCAACUGCGAUAAUGACCUAACUUGGUUUGACCACAUCACACCUUGUGGCAUAGAAGAUAAGGGUGUCACCUCCCUCACUAAAGAGACUGGCGUAGUUUGCUCUACUGAGAAAAUUAUUCCCAUGUUUUUAAAGAACUUUGAAAAUGUGUUCAGUUGUAGCUCUGAAGAUAUGGAAGUAGAUCUUCAGGAAGAUAUUCUAAAUAGUAUUUAUAAUAAAUUAUUAACUACAGCGGUUUAGAAUUACAAGAAAAUUGAGAUUUCUAGUGCCAUGUUAUAUUAGGUAUUUAAUAUGUUUUUUAUUUUUUGAGAAUAUAAUAUUGUUAACAGAGUAUUACAUGUGAUGAAAUAAAAAAAUUUUGUAAUUUGUACAAA